AUGUAUUUAACCAAGGGCUCUCAAAUCUCAAGUCUCACGAAUUAAUGGCAAACCAAAAUUUUAAUUGAAAGUGUUGUGAUAGUUUUAUACAAUAGUUAGCAUUUUAAAUUAUUUAUUAUUCAAUCCGGCCAAAUUUUUACAUAACAGAAAUGAAUAUUGAAAAAAGUAAAGAAAACAUCAAACCCCUUCGAGGAGGUAGAGAUUUGGGACGCCUAAUACCAGCGUUGGAGGCUCAAGAUGAUGAAGCCGUUGAGACUAUCUUAAAACAACAAAAGGCUGAGUUUGAAAAUAAAAUCAACACCUACAGCGGGCCGGACCCGUUGAACAAUUGGUUUGAAUACAUCGGAUGGGUCGAACAGACACCCCAAAUGGGAAAUGAUUUAUUAAUUAAUGAGCUAAUAGUCAAAUGCCUAAUGUUAUAUGAACAUAAUGAGCAUUAUUUUCAAGACCACAGAUUUAUAAAGUUGUGGCUAAAAUAUAUCGAUACACAACCUAAUGCUCUAGAAAUAUUUCGCACCUUGUACAAUAGAGGUGUAGGAACAAUGGUUGCUGAAUUUUACUGCGGUUGGGGUUACCAUUUUCAUGCUGCAAAUGAUUUGGCCAAUGCAAAGAAAGUUUAUGCAACUGGAAUAAAUGCUCGGGCACAACCCUUGGAUUACUUACAGGAGACAUAUACUAAAUUGCUGUGCUUUGAACAACAGGCGAUGACAUCACAAACAAAACUUCAAAGAAAUAGUGAGAUGCUAGCUUCGCAAAGGCAAGCUCUAACUUCCUUAAGGUCUUUUAAGAGAAAAAAUAUUGCAACGGCUCCUAGUCAAAGAACAGGAGAAAAUUUAAGAAAUUUACAUCCAGGAGUUAUGCAUAGCGAAAGAAAUAAUCAACAACAACAACUGCAACAUGCAGGGACUCAAAGAAAACUUUUUGUUUAUGAGGAUCAGGGUGAUCACCAGGGAAUUGGAGAAGCAGCAGGUUCAAGUGGGACUCAGAAAACGAUUAUAAAAGAUGCUCGAGAUGAGAAUAAUAUAGAACCAGGCCCUUGGACUAAACCAAAGGGCCUGAAUCCAACAUUAUCGAUCACAUCUAGCCAAACACCUUUUCAAAUUCAUGAAGAUCCUAUGCCGGAACAUAGAUUUCCAGUAUGCAAUGAAGAUUACUCAAAUUGGAAGCCUCCUAUAUGCAUUCCUGAUCCAGAAGAUCCAACGAAAAAAGCAAUGUAUAUAAAAAAUGAGGUUUACUGCAAUGGCAAAGAAUAUAGUUUUGAAGAAAUAAAUGCAGCAAAAUAUUUCAAAAAGCUUCAAGCUAAAAAGUUGCAAGAACAACAAAGGCAACAGCAACAACUUCAACAGCAGCAACAAGUUCAACACAAUGCUCAACUGCAGCACCAGCAAGUUCAACAGCAGCAACAAGUUCAACCGAAUGCUCAACUGCAGCACCAGCAGGUUCAGCAGCAGCAACAAGUUCAACCAAAUGCUCAACUGCACCCCCAGCAGGUUCAUCCAAUCCAAAAUGCCCAACAGCAGGUUCACAAUAUUCAGCACCAGCAGCAAGUGCAACAGAAUGCUCAACAACAGCACCAGCAGGUUCAAAAUAUCCAGCAACACCAUCAGCCGCAGGUUCAGAAUGCUCAGCAGCAAUAUCAACAACAAUAUCAGCAACAGCAGCCUCCUCAAGCAUAUCAAAACCAGCAAGUGGAGCAGAGCACCAGUAAUAAUUAUGAGAACAAUGGAUCGUAUUCAUAUACUGUCAAUGAUAAUCGAGUUCAGUACGAACCGUUCAUGAUUUAUCAGGACCAAAUCGAGGAAAACCAAUUGAUCAGUACACCAGUUCGACAGUAUGGGGGCCAACAACAAGCAGCACCUAGUAUUACUGUCCAGCAAUAUUUGGCCCCAUCACAUCAGUACACACACCAUGUGCAGGGAAACUUGUAUGGAAAUCACCAGUAUAAUAGGGGUCCAAGUGAACAUGUGUCACCGAGUAGUCACAGUGCUACAACUUCUGCCCAUCCCGUGACUCCCACUACCCAUCAAAUGGCACCUUCUGCACAUCCAAUGACGCCUACUUCUCAUCCAAUGACGCCUACUUCUCAUCCAAUGACACCCUCUGCUCAUCCAAUGACGCCUACUUCUCAUCCAAUGACACCCUCUGCCCAUCCCAUGACGCCCACUGGCCAUCCAAUGACAUCCUCUGCCCAUCCCAUGACGCCCACUGGCCAUCCAAUGACACCUUCUGCCCAUCCCAUGACUCCGACUACCCAUCCUAUAAGUCCCUCCGCUCACCCCAUGGCUUCUGGUAACCAUUCCAUGACUUCUAACACUAUAAGGAGUCCCCAAGUGCAGUACGUGGUCCAAACACAACCCACAACACCCACAAGCUUCAACCAACACUACAACACGCCUCGAACCAAUCAAUAUCCAGUAACAUCAACUGGCAUGGAUUACCAGAAUCAGCAUCAAAUGACACCAAGGGCACUUGUUAAUCAAUUUGGUAACCAGAACGAUCAUGUGUAUCAUGGGAAUCAGUUUGAGUACAAUAAUAGUCAACAACAGUACACAAAUCAUGAACAAAUGUACACCAGGCAGUAUAAUGGGCAUGCCCAAGGGAAUGAGGUGCACAUGUACUCGCAGUAUGGAGGAGAAAAUGUUUAUGCACAGCAACAGCAGCAGCAGCACCAUCACCACCAACAGCAACAGCAGCAACAACAUCAUCAGCAACAGCAGCAGCAACAACACCAUCAACAGCAGCAGCAGCAGUAUGUAAAUCAUGUGAUCAAUGAUCAUAUGUCGUAUGUGAGGCAGAUGCCAGAGGGCAGUCGGCUGCAGGCUGAACAACCAAGCAAUACUCAACAAUGGUCCAACCAACAUUAUGCUCAACAUCAAGCUGCUCAACAAAUUUACCAACAGCAUCAACAAGGGCAACCGGCAGAAACUACAGCUUCAGGAGAUUUUGAAAACACUGCAUCAACACAAUUCUUCAAUGCAAACAUGUUUAGAGCCCAGACCAGCACGCCAAUUCGUAACUCAAUGCAAACUGGAAAUGUGCACCAAGUUGCUAAUAGGCAGCAAAUUCAUAAUGAUAGUCUUCCAACAGCUCAUCAAGUACAUAUGCAAACUGUUGCCAUGAAUACCCCAAGAUCAAAUGCUCAAAAUGUUUCUGAUGCUGCUAUCGUUGCACAUAAAAAGGUUCCUGAAAGAAAUUCUCCAGCGACCUUAAACCGUUCGAACAAACUUCAAUCACCUAUGCCGAACUAUGCAUUAUCGAGUAAUCAGAGUAUUGAAAAACUUUUAAUGUCUCCAGAAGCAGAAGACUCACCAGGUAUUGUACACAGAAUACAGAUGAAUGCUGCCAAUGUUGAAAUGGAGGCCACACAACCAGUUAAAAAGACACCUAAUCUUUCAUUGAUUGAAGAAAAUACUGAACAAAUGUCAAGCUAUGUUUCAACACUUGAUUGCAAAAAAUCUUCAAACCUCGACUCUCUCAAACACCAACAAACCCCUUCAAUUGAUUCCACCAAUAUCGAGCUGCUGCACAAUGACUCCUCCAAAGUCCUAGUUAUGUCAAAACCGAAAAAUUCUACCACCCCGAAAUCGAAGGAUCUCUCACAGCAGCCCUACAUCAUCAAGACUGCCUUAAACAAGUUCAAAGGUGAAGACGAACUGAGAAACUGGCUGAUGAAUUCAUCAAAGCAGAAUAAUAGGAGUUUUGAAGCUUCACCCAAUAAGAAGUUUAUGAAUAGCAGCAGGAACGACGAGGUGAAGCAAAAGAGUUUCGGGUUUUUGAGUGGACAUGUGGAAGAUGAUGACAUGAACGAGAAAAAGAAGUCGUUUAGUGUACCAAGGACACAGAAAGCUGAUGACUCUAUGGCUUCAAUAAUGAAUUCACCAGAAGACUCAAGAGCUGACGAGAACUCCCUAAUGGGUACUCCUGUUAAAUGUGACUCUUUACCAAGUACUCCACAAGGUAUCAGGAUGCAUGAAGCAGUGAGGAAAUGCCCUUUAUCAUUCUCUAACACAAUGACUGGUCCUAAUAUCUCAAAAUCAAUGAAGAACACCCUCCACAUAUCAGCUCGACAAGAUGAGCACAGCAACAAAUGGUCUUCAGCAGAAGAAGAGUGCUCUGCAGACACUUUUGAAAUCAUGGAACAUAAACGAGAGAACGAUAAGAGUUAUGCUUCUGCAAUCGUGGAUAAACAUUUGAGCAGAGACAUCAUUGAUCCUUUCAACUCGGAAUUGUUGGAGGCGUUUUUAAACAGGAUGGGAUUCCCAGAGAGAGAUGAUGAUAAAUAUAUAUCUGUCAACAAUGUGGGACAACCUAAGAGCUCUACUAGUUAUUGGGUGGGGCCUAAGGGCUACUCAAUUGAUAAGGAGUUGGGGAAAGGAGCCUUUGGAUCCAUUUAUAGGGCAUUUGAUCAACAAACAAAUGAGACUGUGGUAUUGAAAUAUCAAAAGCCUGCAAGGAUCUGGGAGUAUUAUAUCUGUAGAGAGAUUAGGAAAAGAAUUAUUAAUACUGAUAUGUUGCCAGGAUACAUGCACGUAUCUCUUGCCUUGGUCAGUCGAUCAGCAAGCAUUCUGGUGUCAGAGCUAGGAAAACAUGGUAGCCUUCUAAACUGUUCCAAUAAAGUCAGGCUGAAGACUUGCAAACCUCUCAAUGAAUUGGUUGUGAUGUUCUUUGCUUCUCAGCUGCUAUCACUGGUGCACUAUUUACAUAAAGCUGAUAUUAUACAUGGAGACAUCAAGCCAGAUAAUAUUUUAGUUAUGGAUGUACCUACUCAAACAACACACAUUCCAUGUCUACAGUUUAUUGAUUUUGGCUGUGCUAUUGAUAUGAGCCUUUUUCCUAAAGGCACGGAAUUCAAAACGGUUAUUACCACCGAUGGUUUUACAUGUAGCGAAAUGAAAACGGGAAGACCCUGGACGUACCAGACAGAUUUAUUCUGUCUGGCUGGUACAGUACACGUUUGCCUAUUCGGAAAAUAUAUGAAAUUAAGAAACGACUCUGCAAAAUGUGGCGAUAGGUUUAUCGACACUACAUUGCCGAGGUAUUUCCAGAAACAUAUUUGGACAGAUUUCUUCCGAACCCUGCUCAACAUUAAAGACUGUUCGAGUCAACCUGAUCUGCUGAAACUGAAGGCCCCUUUUGAUGAACAUUUAUCGAACUGUCAGAAAGACUUCAACACGAACAUGAGACAAGUGGCAAAUGUUAUGAACGAUAGAUAGAAAAUUCAAUUAUGGAAGUAAUGAAUUAAUAUAUAAAUAUAAAUAAUCGAUUAUUUAAUUGUUGUCGAUGUGACCAAAGAGUUCAGGGUUUUUUUGUUUGUUGAGAAGGAAGUUAUAGUGUUAAAGUUAUAGUUAAAACCAAAUAUGGAUAUUUUACUUGCAACUGAUU